AUGGAUGAACAAAAUCUUAUAAAUAUAGUGGAGGAGUUGGGUCAAUUCGAAACAAACUCCGACAAGAAAAAGGUGUUUGUUAAGGGUGAAGAGUGUCUUGCUGCUCUAAGUGAACUGUUUCGUCAACUAAAGAGAGAUGACGAGCAAUAUAGAGAUGUAUUCAUCACAAUCGGCAGUUGGAGUAUCAUAUCAAAGAAGUUGAUACCUCUUGCUUUACAUUAUCCUGAUGAUACUAUUUUAAUUAUAAAUAUAUUGAAAAUUAUGGUAAAGUUUACACUUCCAAUCAAUAGGGAUUCACAGAACAUAGCAAAACAAAAGGAGAUUCUAUGUGAUUUCAAAGAGUCGUUUAUCAAUAAGGAGUUCAUUGCUCUAUUACUCUCGUUGCUUAGAGAUCCAAUUGGACGACUCUACUCAGAGUCACGUUCUAAUUCACCGCAAUCAAAGACUGACUGUGCACUCAUCGAACUCGUGCUCUCGUUAAUUAGAAACAUCGUAAAGAUACCAGAUCCAGAUGCUUCCAAUGCCAAAGAACAUCAAUUCUUCAUGCAAGAAGAAUUCAUUAUAUUACUUUAUAAAGAGAAAUUCUUAGAGUUAUUCUUAACAUUAUCACAGACAAUGAAGGAAAACAAGCUGUUUAGUUCAAAUCCAUUGUUUUCUUUGUUGCUAUUGGAGAUAUUCUCAGAGAUACUUGGACGUGAGAAUCCACAGAAUGUUUGGUUGGCACCGAUUGAUCUUGAAAUCACUCAAGACACUACAUCUCAACAACAACUACUACAACAACAACAAAAGAAACAACAACAACAGUCAGUCGAUCCACUUGCACAAUUGAGAAUGAAAGAAAACAAUUUGAAAAAGUUGAAUAAUGCAAAUAGAGGAUCGUCUUCUGCUUCGAGAUUCCGUGGUACUUUUACUCAGAUUGCCAGUGCUGUGUCGGGUGGCUCGAGAAUCUAUAAUAACGCUUUGCCAUCUGCCGAUGGUGCCACAGAGAUAAGACAGCUAACCAGCCAACCACUGACACUAUCGAAUCUGUCAAAGAGUGUCGAUGCCAAUACAACGUUGCUACACGGAAAGAAGAAGGGAAUGACCUCCAGACCUCAAUCUCACUCCUCACAGUAUCUACUAGGAAUUCUCCGUGAAUGGGCAACUCAAUUCCUCGAUGGUUGUUACAAUGUGCUCAUGGAGAUCGUUGUCUACGAACUCUCUCGUUCGGAAUCAUCGAUUCUCGAGUCGGAUCGUUUCAACUUUUUAUCUUUCACCUACUUCUUUACAUCAUUCGCCUUGACCAUGUUACAAAGUAGAAAUCGUGAUAUUGCCAAUAACAACAACAAUAAUAAUAAUAAUACAACUGAAAGUGAUGGUCAAUCAUCACUGGAUAAUAUUAUACUUGGAUGUGUUGCAUCUACUCUCUCAUUGAAUACAUUCAAUUUUAUAUUUGAAUGUAUAGAGCUGUACAUGGGACACACCAAUAUACGCAAGGUUGAUUAUGUUCCGCUGGAGAAUACUGUUUCUACGCUUUGCUCGAUGGUUUCGAUCCUCUCGUACAUGGCGUCGUCCGACCAGCAGGAGAUAGUCAACAUGUCAAGAAAGAUGCAACAGAAGAUCUAUUUCAAUAGGGAGGUGUUCCUUUCCGGUGUUGUUAAACUCAUGAGACGUUACGAUGCCAGAGUCCAUUCCAAUGCCAUGUUGCUUGACAUCACCAAUUUGGCAUACACCACCAUCCAUAUGCUCGACCAAUUCUGCAAGUUGCAAGAUAGCAAUGCUAUAUCCAUCAAGAAGAAAUCAAAGAUGUCCGCUACAAGAGUUCAUGUUGAUAAGGAGGAUGGUGAUGAUGACGACAACGAAGGUGAAGCUGGUGACAAAGACAACAAUGAAGACAAUGAAGACAACAGUGACAAAGACUAUGAAGAUGAACUGGAGAGAGACAAUGAGAAACAACAAGAGUUGGCUACUAAAUCAAUGAGUAUCGAAAGUUUCAUCUCUGACUUUGCUCAUCCCGACAUUAUCAACAAUCUGUGUAAUCUGCUCGGCAAGUGGAUCUCAAAUUCACAGACCACCAACUUCCAAUUGGUGUCGCUGGUGAAGCGAUUCAUUUCGAUUGGACUUGAAGGUUGUUUUUAUAGAUUAUCGAUAUUCUAUAUGUUCAAUAGUUUCUUGAAUGAUCCAAUCAUCUCCAGAGAUAAGAAUGCUACCGAACUGCUAGAGAUCAUCAGUCAAAUACUAGAGCGAUACUUUAAGAAGGCAGAGAACAGCAAUCUACUAUACCUCAAGCUACUCACACCCAAGUCUGUCAACUCCAUUAUCGCAAUGGAUUUGGAUGAUAAGCUUGCUGACAUUGAAUCCGAUCCUCUUGGUGACAGUGGUGAAUACCAGCAAGACAAGAUACCUACCAAGUCUAGGCUGACAAAGAAACAGAGACAAGCAGAAGAAGAUAAGAAUGAAACUUAUUUGGAUAGUGAUGAGGAUGAUGCUAUGAUUAAGAGAUCCAGUAAGAUCGAUGAGGAAGAAGAAGAGAAGAAGAAAGAAGAAGAAGAGGAGGGUGUCGAUAACUAUUCAUCUGACGACGAGAUUUCUCUUGGCGAUAAGGUUGUCACUCUAGAGGAGAAGGCAGAUCAGAAGCGUAUCACCAAGUACAUCAAGAUCAUCACAAAGAAAUCGAAUGGAGAUGCAAUACUGAUGUGGGUAAAGGAUAACCUGAUAAGUGCAAUGUCAUUACGUGAGAGAGAAGCUUCACAACUCAAAGGCAAAUUCACAAUGCAUACCUUCAAAACAUCGAUUGUCGAGAAAGAUUAUUGUUCAUCAAAGACAGUUAAGAAGUUAUUCAAACUUUUCAAAUUAGAGGUGUCAAAGAAAGGUGAAUUCACCAUUCCAGAGAGCAAACUGUAUAAUCACUCAUAUCUAUCGUUCCUACACAAACAAAUCGAAAAAGUAGAACUAUCGGUUUUAGAUAAGGAACAAAAUAGAAGUAAACAUAAAGUAGAUGAAGAAAAAGAGGAAGAAGAACAAGAGGAAGACAAAGAAGAAGAAAAAGAAGAAGAAAAAGAAGAAGAAAAAGAAGUAGAGAAGGAGGAUCAAGAGGAAGAAGAACAAGAGGAAGAGGAGCAAGAGGAAAAAGAGUUAUCAAAGAAAUCAAAUAUUAAUAGUAAGAAUAAUGAGAAGAAGUCAACAAAGAAAUCAAACACAAGUGAGGAUGAAUCUGAUGCAAUGGAUGUAGAUAAUGUGGUUGUUAAUAUAAAAGAAACAGCUAGUAAUGAUGUAGAGGAAGAGAAUAAAGAAGAAGAUAAUGAGGAAAGUGAAGAGGAACCCAAGCGUGUGACAAGAUCAGUAAUAAGUAAUAAGAAUAAAAAGAAAAGUAAACAGUUGGAAGUUAAGAGCAAUAAGAGUAAGCAAACUAAAGAAACUAAAUCGAGGAACAACAAGAAACAAGCUAAAGAGAUAAAGAAAAAGAAGAAAGAUAGCUCAAGUGAAGAAGAGGAAGAAGAAGAAGAAGAAGAAGAGAAAGAAGUUAAGGAAAAGAAAUCAUCGAAACAAAAUAAUACUAAGAAGACACCACCACCACCAACAAAGAAUAAUAAUAGAGAGAAAGAAAGCUCUGAGGAGGAAGAAGAAGAAGAAGAAGAAAAAGAGAUUAGCAAGAAUAGUAAAGAUAGUUCAGAUGAGGAAAUUGUUAGAGUAAAGAGAGUUGUCAAUUCAAAGAAGAUGAAACAGAUGGAGAAAAAGAAACAAACUGUCGAAAAGAAGAAAAAGAAGAAACAAGAUAGUUCAGACGACGAUGAUUCAGACUCCAACUCAAAGAAUAAGAAUAAACGACAAAAAGCUGUUGUCGAUAGCAGUGAAGAAGAGUCAUCCGAUGGUGAACCAGCAGUUGCUAGCAAGAAGCAAUCAAAGUCCACCAAAGAGACAAAAGUAAACUCCAAAAACAAUGUAAAUAAUAGUAAAGAGAAAGACAACGAUAGUGAUUCGGAAUCAGAGGAAGAUAAAGACAAAGACAACAGUGUUUUAGUAAAGAGAAAGUUUGAUAACACUGCAAUCAAGAAGUUUGAUAUUAAACGUAUCAAGCAAGCUGUAGAAGUUUCAAAGACUAAAAGAAAACAACAACAAGAAGAAGAAGAAGAUGAUGAUGAUGAAGAGAAUAGUGAUAAAAAACAACAAUCACAGAAACCAGAAUCUAUCAGUUAUUAA